UUCACUUCGGAAUUUUUAAAAAAAUGACUGAAACUCCUCUACUGAAUAUUACCUCCUCAAACCAGAGUGAAAACAGAAGCAAUUCAGCUAUUUGCCCAGAGCAGGAUGACUGGUGGGACAUCGUGUAUUAUAUAGUGCCCAAGUACCUCAACGCUGUCUGUGCUAUUGGAAUGCCCGGAAAUGUAUUUGUUCUCCUCAUUUAUUCACUGCACAAGGACCCCCUGAAGAUAGCUGAAAUCUACCUGAUGAACCUAGCUGUUGCUGAUCUUAUCUUCCUCAUGGGCCUCCCUUUCUGGGCAGAGAACAUCAGGAAUGAAUUUAACUGGCCAUUUGGCAGUUUCCUUUGCCGCAGCAACAGUGCAUCCAUCAGCCUAAACAUGUACACCAGCAUCUACUUGCUGGUGGCAGUCAGCGUGGAUCGCUACUUGACUCUUGCCCAUACCUUGAACCACAGACGGAUACGGAGCAAAACUAUUGCCAAAGGGAUCUGCUUGCUCAUCUGGUUCUUUGGCAUCCUCCUCAGCAUCCCAGUUUUUAUGUUUCGGACCGUGAAAGACUAUCCCCUGUGGAAUAUUUCAGCAUGCACUUUGGACUUCCCCACCCCAUCGUGGAAAACAGCUGAAAGCCUGGUACGCAGUGUAGUCGGAUUUGUGUUGCCAUCUACAGCAAUCAUCUCCCUUAAUUUCUCUACCAUUAGGUCCCUACAAAAAAAAACAAGAGCACGAAGAGCACUCGGGACAAAGGACUGCAAGGGGCACAAAGGCACGAAAGCUACCAGGCUGAUCCUCACAGUGAUACUGAUGUUUCUUUUCUGUUGGACUCCUCACCAUUUUUUUGUAUUCCUUGAUACAUUAUACCAUACAGAAGUGAUCAAAGGCUGCUUCUGGGAGGAACUGCUCAAUUUUGGGGAGCAGUUUGCUUAUAUGCUGGCUACCACCAACAGUUGCAUCAACCCUGUGAUUUAUGUCUUUGUUGGGAAAUACUUCAGGCAAAAGGCUUUAGAAGUUUUUUCACAGCUUAUUCCCUGUGGAUUUCCUUUGAAAUGGGUAUCUUUGAAAGAAAUGUCAUCAAAUUUCAAUGUGUUUUCAGUCAGAAGUAGUUUAACUUAA